AUGACCCCGCUUCCCGCAGGCAACGGCACCGUCCCUAAUUGCAGCUGGGCCGCCGUUCUGAGCCGGCAGUGGGCGGUGGGAGCCGCGCUGAGCAUCACCAUUCUGGUCAUCGUGGCCGGCAACCUGCUGGUCAUCGUGGCCAUCGCCAAGACACCGCGGCUGCAGACCAUGACCAACGUCUUUGUCACCUCGUUGGCCUGCGCCGACCUGGUCAUGGGCUUGCUGGUGGUGCCACCGGGGGCCACCAUCCUGCUGAGCGGCCACUGGCCCUAUGGGACGGUGGUGUGUGAGCUGUGGACCUCUCUGGACGUGCUGUGUGUGACGGCGAGCAUCGAGACGCUGUGCGCCAUCGCCGUGGAUCGCUACCUGGCCAUCACGGCACCGCUGCAGUACGAGGCGCUGGUGACCAAGGGCAGAGCGUGGGCUGUGGUGUGCAUGGUGUGGGCCAUCUCUGCCUUCAUCUCCUUCCUGCCCAUCAUGAACCACUGGUGGCGGGACGGGGCGGACGAGCAGGCGGUGCGCUGUUACGAUGAUCCACGCUGCUGUGACUUUGUCACCAACAUGACCUACGCCAUCGUCUCCUCCACUGUCUCCUUCUACGUGCCGCUGCUCGUCAUGAUCUUCGUCUACGUCCGUGUCUUUGCUGUGGCCACACGCCACGUCCAGCUCAUUGGCAAGGACAAGGUGAGGUUCCUGCAGGAGAACCCCAGCCUCAGCUCCAGGGGAGGGCGGUGGCGUCGGCCGUCCCGCCUGUUGGCCAUCAAGGAGCACAAGGCGCUCAAGACCUUGGGCAUCAUCAUGGGCACCUUCACGCUCUGCUGGCUGCCCUUCUUCGUGGCCAACAUCAUCAAGGUGUUCUGCCGGCCGCUGGUGCCCGACCAGCUGUUCCUCUUCCUCAAUUGGUUGGGCUACGUCAACUCAGCCUUCAAUCCCAUCAUCUACUGCCGCAGCCCCGACUUCAGGAGCGCUUUCCGCAAGCUGCUUUGCUGCCCGCGCCGCGCCGACCGCCGGCUGCACGCUGCCCCACAGGACCCACAGCACUGCUCCUGUGCCUUCAGCCCUCGGGGGGACCCUGUGGAGGACAGCAAGGCUGUGGACCCCGGGCAGCUCAGGGAGGACAGCGAGGUGCAGGGGAGUGGCAGGAGGGAGGAGAACGCCUCAUCCCAUGCUGGUGGCCACCAGCAGCGGCCUCUGGGCGAGUGCUGGCUGCAGGGCACGCAGAGCAUGCUGUGCGAGCAGCUGGAUGAGUUCACCAGCAGAGAGAUGCCGGCGGGUCCCUCGGUCUGACUGGGAAUGCAGCAGAGCAGGGAGCACUAUGUUGGGACGGGGACGCUGUGUGGGGAAGGAGGAGUGGCACUGAGGGUACAACGCUGGAAGGACCCUCUGGUGCACGCACCCACACGGAGAGCAAAGGGGCUCCUCUGGUGCUGGAGAGAUAAAGGCAGCAGCAAAAAGAUCCUGAGCCCUUCACGAUGAGGUUCCAGCACAGCUUCUGGGGAUGGGGACACUGCCACCCCAUAGGGAUUGGCACUGGGACGUGGUGACCAGCAGCUCUGCUCGCCCACAGGACCCCAUCUUCCCGGGUUGUGUAGCUGGCAAAGGAAAAGAGGAUCUCCUGCUGGCAAGAAACUGCUCCGUGAUCUGCACUGGGUCCUGCCCCAAACACUGCAGUGAGCUCCCGGAGCCGGGUGUGAUGCUGGGAGCCACAGCAAGGGAAAAGCACAGGCGGGAGAGGAGAGAGGGAUAAAGAGUGCUGCAGGAGAGGCUUUCCCCAGAGCCCUGCACGAUGCUGUGGGUUCUGGCGGCGGCGAUGCUCUGCUCUUGCUCUGAAGCCUCUACGUGCUGUAGGAACAGGCAGCAGCACCGCACCGCUGCACGGCCGUUCCAUGCACAGCACGGAGCACAGCGGCACAGAGGGCGCUGUGCAAAAAAACACGGGUGUUUGUGUCCGCACCGUCCAACCUCGCUGGGACUUCGGGGAUGAUAUCGGUUGUAAACGUGCGUCGUGGUGACUGUAAUGCUUUUGUGUGAAAUAAACCUCGGGAAUCACUCGGCAGCUUUCACCUGCAUCACCGGCGCCUUGCCCUUCCUAAGGGUAGGGGGCUGCCUGAGGCUGGAUGCCCACGGGCACCCAUCCCCAUAGCGCCUGGGGGUCCCUCCCAAGGACCGGGCACAGCCUCUGUGCUGCUCACAGCCUCAGGGAGGCUCUGCGCCCCAUCCCGGGGUUUGCCGGCUCAGCAAACAACCGCAUCGUCCCAUUCACGUUUGGAAUCGGGCUGCGGGGUCCGAGCGGAGCCACGGCGACCAUCCGGAGCCUCAGUGCCACCUCCCGGCGCUGCGCGGAACUCGUAACGUGUAACGGGAAUAAAGAGAAAAGCAAAUCCGCCGGGGCGGUCCUGCAGCUUCGAACCAGUUGUGGCUCUUCACUGCUGUCUGCAGCCGCCCCGAGC